AUGCCCAGUGAAGUGGGAUGCGCUGGCCAGUGGCGUACUGCUAAAGUUUCCCUAGGCGAAAUCCGAGUAAUACAAGAAAACGUACAGAGAUCUGCACUCGCCACGGAGGAGCUAAUUAUCGAGGCCAAAAAACAACGUAUCUCCAUCGUGCUCGUACAAGAACCCUACAUCGGAGCGGUAAGAAGAAUGAAGGACUACACGGGCACAAGAGUCUACCAACACACCGGGGUUGGCAAUCAUACCAAAGCGGCUAUUGUCGUACCAGACAAUAAAAUCCAUGUCACACAAUACCCCGAGUUAUCCAGUCCGAAUAUGGUUGCCAUAUCUGUAGAUACAGAAAGAAGAAAACUCAACCUAGUCUCGGUAUACUUCGAACCGCAUCCGAACCCCUUAAGUCCGCACCUCCAGACACUGAAACAAGUCGUCGAGAAAUUAGGACGGAGAACAAUAGUGGGAGGGGACGUAAACGCCAGAAACGUCUGGUGGGGGGAUAGGAUAACCAACGAGAGGGGAGAAGAGGCAGAGGCGACCUUCAUAGCGCCGGAUUGGAGAUCUUAA